AUGUCGGACACACCCAAUCCGCGAACCAACCACCUACCUGUCGUCCCAUCGAGGUACGCACUCGACCCGCCUGAGGGCAAGGGCGACCAAGGUCGGGAAGCCCAUUCGUUGGGCGCCCGGGAUCUGCUCGGCGGUACUACCACCAGCGUACAUGCGCAAAGCGGCGCACAGUCAGUACUUCCGUCAACCCAGACCGCGCAAACAAGAACCGAGCAUUGCGUGCGAUGCCACCGGGACUACGAUACCAAUGCUCGAGGCCGCGAAUCCCGUUGUCAGAUCCCACAUGUCUUCAGGGAGGAUGGUCAGCCGUGGGGCCCAGACAUCUAUCGUUUUGAGCCGAAAUGCUGCGAUGACGGAGGAUACGUUCUUGAAGAUGGCGCAGGGAAUGGCGAUUACCAACUGAAGGGCAACGCGCGGCGGCCAUGCAUCACGCUCAAGCAUACAACCGAUCCGAAGCUUGUCGAUUACAACGACGCCAACGUCGUCGAGUGCAGUGAAGGGUUAGAGGGAAAGUGCGAACUGGAGUGGUUGAAGAUGAGGGAUACAUUUGAUACGCCAGCAUUUACCUGCAAUGCUUAUUGCUGA